UGGUGAUGCAUCGGGUAAGAGAUCUUCACGAUGGUAGAAAGGUUGUUUUGACAGAACGAGUUCACGAGUUUCUUGAUUGGGCACAAAAGUAUUACGAGAUUUCUGUAUGCUCGCUUGGAGACCAACCCUAUGUGGAUAUGGUGGUGAAUGUUUUAGAUCCAUCACGAACAGUCAUUCGGGGUAUUGCAUACUCUGCUCGGAAUGAAUAUAUGUAUAUUUCACAGUCCUGGAGUUCCCGACGACCACCCAAGGAUCUGCUAUCGCUGUUUCCGUACUGUGCCGAGAGAGAACCAGGCCUGCCAACAAUUGAUCCCAUUAUUAUUGAUGACAAUGUGAGCAUGUGGCCAGCCGACCAACAGGACAAUAUCAUUGUGGUGCGAGAAAACACACAAUCCAAAGUCUGGAAUGUAUCGCUAUUCCCCGUAGUACAGCAGGCACUAUCAUAUGUUCACGAAAGCUACUUUAGGCAACUCGAUGCAUGGGGAGCAUCAGAAAAAAGUCAGCGCGGAGCACCACCUACAGCAACAGGAUGCUAUAAAGAGUACUUGCGACGAGAAUUGAGUUUCAAGAUUGCCAGUGCACCCACUGGAAUAGUUUCAGAUGGGCCAACUGGAUCCGUAGUGGCAAUGCCUGAAGCUAUUGCAACUGUCAGUAGUUAAUAUAAGCAAACAGAAUGCCACGGAUUUGAUAUGUAAAAAUGAAGUUUUGAAUUGGUAUACUAUUUCAUG